CUUCUUCUUUUCCUGCUAGCUUCUUCUGAAUAAAAAAGGAGAAAUGAAUGCUUUUGAUGGAACCUACAGAGGUGUGAGGACGUGUUGGGCUGCACCGUCUAGUCCUAGCCCUAGAUCGCUACUAGCAAUGCUGAAUCAAGGCGACAACAAUGAUGUUGUGGAUCAGAUCAACGAGAUCUUCCCUCAAGCUAACCAUCAGCCUGAACAAAGAUCCAGUCUCCGCGAGAGAGUAGCCGCACGAGUUGAAUUCAAUCUUCCACCGCUCGAGACACAAAACAACCGUCCAUUUGCUGCUUUCUUCAGGAACCCGUCGACCACCGUUCCUUCUCCUCUCGUCCUAAUCUCUCCAGGAUUCAGCCCAUCUGCUAUGUUGCAAUUUCCAAACACGUUCAUUGAUCCUUCACACAUGAUCCUUCCGUCUCCAGUCGCCAAUGGCGGGCCUCCAGAGGCGGUUGAAAGUUCUGGUGCCGACCAUGCAACGAUGAUGAUAUCCAACAACGAUCCGAUGCACGUUGCUCUGCCUCCUCAACAAGGUAAUAGAGUUGCUUCUGUCUCAAACUCCGUUUAUAUCCCAUCUCAUGUUGAUUCCAUUGAUGCUCCUAUAGUCGCUGCUUUUGAAUCUGGUCCAGCCCUUAACGAAACCGAUCUCAUCAACAUGGAAAUCGAUAGGAAGAACGAGGACGAAGAGGAAUACAAGGAAGAUGAAGACGAAGAACACAACAUUGUUGAUGAGCUAGAUGCUGAGCCUUCAUCUCCAAAGAGAAGGAAGUUUGGGGAAUCAACCAUGAUUGGAGCGACAAGAUCAUGUAAGAGCCAAAGAGUUAUCCUUCAAAUGGAAACUGAAGAAAACAAUCCUGACGAUGGUUUUCGCUGGAGGAAAUACGGUCAGAAAGUUGUCAAAGGGAACCCAAAUCCAAGAAGCUACUACAAAUGCACAUACACAGCGUGUGAUGUGAAGAAGCAUGUGGAGAGAGGAGCAGAAGAUGUCAAGUUUCUAUUGGUUACAUACGAUGGGAUACACGAGCACGAUCCACCAGCUGCACGUGGUAGCAGUUCUUCCGGUCUAAAGGGCCAGUACAGUUCAUCAGUGUCUCAAGACCAUAACAAUCACCGAACCGUGCCGCCUUCUUCCUCUUCGGCCUCUGAAGCCCUUAGGUUUUUCCCUUCUUCGUUGGACCCACCAGUGGAUAUGACACAGUUCUAUAUGACUGGACUCGCUAAGCUGCCGAGUUUACCGGUUUACCAGAACCAUGGUUUGAUGAACUGGAAUGAUGAACCAGAGAUUGAUCGUGUGAUACCGGACGGUACAGAGGUAUUCAAAGGGAUCAGGGAUCGCCUUAAUCUCAACUUUGGUCUCAACCUUUAG